CCUCUCUCUCUCUCUUCCUCUGAGAGAUCGACAAUGAGUUCAACUGCAGAGAAGCGCAAAGCCUUGCUGAGAAGAACAAGAAGAAGACUGACAAGAAGAACCAGCUCAAGAAGACGGCUCCAAGCGCGUCCUUGUAGAGCUCGGAGAAGCUUCAACAAUGGCGGGCGCACGUGCUCCAAGGUCUCAGACAAGUUGGAGGCCCUCAAGAACCUCAUUCCAGCCCACAAUGGUGAAACAGUAAAUCCCGACCAGCUGUUUAAAGAAACUGCGGAGUACAUCGUUCUCUUGAGGACCCAGGUCGUGAUCUUGCAGAGACUCGUUGAGUUUUAUGGGUCUAGUGGGAUGAACAAUGUUGUAUUAUAGUUUAUCUUCUUUGUUAUAAUUUAAAUUAAGAAAUAGAGAGGGUAUUUUGGUGUUAUUAUAUUUUGCAUGGUCUGUUUGGCUGGGGAGAAAGUUGAACAAAAUGGGGAAAGGAAAGUUUGGAACUUUUAAUUAAUAGAGAGAUCUCUGGCUCAAGUGGUUGCCAUCUUCUUAA